AUGUCUCAUGGAAACGUCCCCUCCGCGCCCCUGGGAGAGGCACCCUCCUCCGGCCUGGGGCCAAACCAAGAUCGCAAACUCCCGCCGUCUACUCCGGACUGGAAUAACCUCAGGAUCAUCCACCGGAACACCCUGCCGCCCAGAGCCCACUUCUUCCUGUACCAAAACGCCUGGGAUGCCUUAUCUCGCGAUGUCUCUCUCUCCAAAGCACAGCUCCUGUCCGGAAAAUGGCUCUUCAAUCUUGCCAGGUCACCACUGCAGGGUCCUGUCGACUUCCACAAGCAGUCUCCCGUGCAGCUGGCAGACACACCCGAAUGGGUACCCGUCGCUGUACCCGGAAUGUGGCAGCUCCAAGGCCACGGCAAAGGGCCACAGUACACCAACCUGAACUUUCCCUGGCCUGUCAAUGUUCCUCACGUACCAAUUGAUGACAAUGAAUGUGGCCGCUAUGUAACCCAAUUCUCGCUUGACCAACAGGAUAAGGGCCAUCAGCUUAGGCUACGUUUCGAAGGUGUCGAUGCUGCCUUUACCGUCUGGGUCAACCACCAACAGGUUGGCUACUCCCAGGGCUCCAGGAAUCCAAGUGAAUUUGAUAUCACACAAUUUGUCCGUUUUGAAGACAUCAAUGUUCUCUCGGUCGAGGUUUACCAACGUGGCAUCUUUCGAGAUGUUUGGCUGCACAAAUUUCCCAAGACGCACUUUGAGGACGUUCAGAUCCAGACUGAGUUACACAACAAGUACAAAGAUGCAACACUCCAUGUAGGGGUCAAACUUAACUCCGACGCUAAUGUCACCCUGAGUCUCUUGGAUGCGGACAAUGUCGAGAUUGCGAGAAAGACAAAGGCCGGCGAGGGAACGAUACACUUUGAUGUCCAUGUCAAGAAUCCCCACAAAUGGACGGCCGAAACCCCCUAUUUGUACCAGCUCGCUCUUUCGAUGCCUGGUUGUUCCCUUGCUGAACGGGUUGGCUUCCGCAAAGUUGAACUCAUUGAUGGAGUCUUUUGUGUCAACGGACAACCUAUCAAGCUCCGCGGUGUCAACAGACAUGAACAUCAUCCUGACCAUGGACGGGCAGUUCCCUUUGACUUUUUGAAGGAGGACCUCCUGCUCAUGAAGAGGCACAACAUCAACGCCAUCCGAACUUCUCAUUACAUCAAUGACCCCCGGCUGUACGAACUGGCAGAUGAGCUUGGCUUGUGGAUCUUGGACGAGUGCGACCUCGAGUGUCAUGGCUUGUUUGUUGUGGGUGUGGAUGGUAACAAGCUCACAUCCGACAAUCCGGAUUGGGAGGAAGCCUACAUUGAUCGUGCUCGCCAGAUGGUCAUGCGGGACUUCAACCGCCCAAGCAUCAUCCUCUGGUCUCUGGGCAACGAGUCUGGCUAUGGCCGCAACCACAGGGCCAUGUACAAGUUCAUCAAGAGCCUUGACAAGAGUAGGCUUAUCCACUACGAGGGUGAUUGGAGAGCCGAGUCCGCAGAUGUUAUCAGCAGAAUGUAUCACUCCAUACAAGACACGGAGAAGUAUGCAAAGGACCGCUCGUGGGACAAGCCUGUUGUUCUGUGCGAGUACAUUCAUGCGAUGGGAAAUGGGCCAGGUGCUAUCAAGGAGUACAUUGACUUGUUCUACAAGUACCCGAGACUCAUGGGUGGUUUUGUGUGGGAGUGGGCUAACCAUGGUCUGAGAACCAAGACCAAGGACGGCAAGGAGUACAUGGGAUACGGCGGUGACUUUGGUGACGACCCCAACGAUUACAACUUUGUUCUUGACGGACUCUGUUUCUCUAACCAUACUCCGACCCCCGGUCUCAUUGAGUACAAGAAAGCCAUCGAACCUGUCCAAACAUUGGGCAUUGAGAAGGGUGGUCUCGUCCGAAUUGUCAACCGAUACGAUUUCCUUACCCUUGAUCAUUUGAUAUGCCAUUUGUCGUGGGUAGACGGCUCGGGCUCCUAUAACCUCGGCAUGGUAGAAGUUCCAAAAGGUGAGUAG